CAGUAGUUCAGUUCCAUGCUGCACAGAAGAAAACAUCACAUCGCUUUUCUUUUGAUAUAAAAUAGAGCACUGACAUGGACAGAGAGGAGGAAACUUCGAAGGCAGAGGUUGAGAAGUUUAUGCUGGGUGCUGAUGCAGAGCCAGAUGGAAAGGAGAAGACAACAUUCGGAUGGAUGUGGUGCAGACCAAAGUGUUUUCAGGUAAUCAAUAACCCACUCGGGUACUGUGGCAUGCUCUGUCUGCUGACUAUCUGUCAAAGUAUGACGACAUUUGGGCUGGUCUACGUCAAUCUGACCACUCUAGAGAAGCGCUUUUCCUUUAACAGUGUGCAGAGCAGUUGGAUAUCGAGUUCGUACGACUUCUGCAAUCUCGUCGUCGCCGUACUUGUGAGCUACUUUGGUGAGAAGGGUCAUCGGCCACUCUGGGUGGGAAUCAGUUCCAUCGUCUUUGCAAUGGGGUCCAUCAUCUUUACCUUGCCUCAUUUCAUUUCUCCAAACUACGUCUACCAUGAGACCGUCUCUGAUUACUGCGGUCUGCCGAACCAGACAAGCUCGUGUGAUGACGUCAUGCAUGAACCUGUCAAUGAACCUUCCUAUGUGUACCCCUUCUUCUUCGUCACAGGUCAGUUAUUACAUGGUAUUGGUUCUGCUUCCUUGUACACACUUGGCGUAGCCUUCAUCGAUGAAAACGUACCAACCAGACACUUCAGCACGUAUAUGGGCGUUUACCAAGGAGUAUGUGUCAUUGGUCCUGCGAUUGGUUAUGCAAUAGGGGGCGUGUUUCUCAGUAUCUAUGGAGAUUUGAAUCUUGAUGUUGAUACUGAUACACUCACAAUAGAUAAGGACAGUCCUCUGUGGGUAGGUGCCUGGUGGAUAGGAUUCAUAAUGAAUGGAGUUCUUCUCUUUAUCUUCUCACUCAUCUACAUGGGAUUCCCUAGAGCGUUACCAGGAGGGAGUAAAGUCAUGAGAGAUCGGAAAUUUGAGACUCAAAAGGGAAGCGAGUUCACAGUGAAAAAGGGCGCCAUCAAUCAGACGAAAGAUUUACCUCGAGCUGUUUGGACUCUUGUCACCAACCUUCCAUUCAUGUUCAUGAGCAUGACCGUAGUCGUCCAGUUCUUCCUCUUGGCCGCUUUUGCAGUCUUUGGACCAAAGUUCAUAGAGUCUCAGUUUAGUAUGACUCCCACCGAGGCGGCGUAUGUGAUGGGUAUCCUGUCCGUGGCGGGAGGUUUCACUGGCGCCCUCAUCGGUGGGAUAUUUCUCAAUCGCCUCGAUCUGAAGUUUACUGGUCUAAUGAAACUGGGCGCAACCUUGGCAUUUCUGUCAAUGUCAACAUGCUGUGUGUUUACCGCCGUCUGUCCAACGGUUGGUUUCGCCGGGGUCACCGUCUCGUAUGGGAACACGAGCCUGUCUCACGUGGGGACUCCUAUCCUAAAUGCAACGUGUAACUCGCACUGCGCCUGCUCAAGCAGCUAUGAUCCUGUAUGCGGGAGCGAUGGGAUCAUGUAUUUCUCGGCCUGCCAUGCUGGUUGCGAUGUCGGUACUCUCGAAAACGGUGAUAUGACUUUUAUUGAGUGCCGUUGUUUUACCGACCCAACUACUACAUCGGGACUAGGAACUGCGGUUUCCGGGACUUGCGACAACUCGUGCCCCUACACCAAGCUCUACUAUGCCGCAUUCUUUUUCAUUCUCCUGUUCGGUGCCGCAACCGGUGUUUCGACCUGGACUGCGAGCAUACGGAUCGUUUCACACAGCCAAAGAGCUUUCGCACUUGGAUUCCAAACACUCUUGUACGGGUUAAUAGGUUGUGUACCUGGACCCAUCGUCCUGGGUGCUCUGUUGGAUCAAUCGUGUCUCCUGUGGGAAACCAGCUGCGAAGGUACGGGGAACUGCUGGCUGUACGAGAAUCGGAACUCCGCUCUAUGGUUUCUCGUCAUCAGCGUGGGUUGCCAGUUUCUGGCUGUGAUGUUCUUCCUCCUCGCUCUGUUUUCAUAUCGCCCACCCGACCAAGUCGUCCCUACCAAAGGCCAGGAUUCGAGCGAGGAAACGACAGGAAAUUUAUCGCAGGACAGCAAUAAUACAGCAGUAACUGCUUGAACUAUAUGUGUAGAACUUAAAGAUAAACUUGAGUUCUGGUAAAAAAAAAAAAAAAAAAUUAAUU